CACGCAGCGACCGGCGGUAACCGGAAAUGGUUUAAUUUCACAUUUCAUUUAUAAAAACAUUUGGGGAGCUGCUGAAAGGAUGUCUUGUAACACCAGUGUCACUCGUCUCCACUUGUCAUCUAUGAGCCAAGCACAGCGAGUCCCGGUCCACCUGAUGCCCUGUGAGAUUGAACACAAUGGGCCAGCCCAGGUCUCACAGUACCUCACUGCGACCACGAAAGACGGCAAACUAGAGAAGACUGUGUCAUUCAGAGGGCGUGGAUUGAGGGGGCAGGAGCUCAGCUGUCCACAGGGCUACACUGGUUUGGUGCUAAAAGAGAUCAACAAGCCCGGCUCCGACCAAGAGGACAGGACAGUGAGGGUCUCCUCUGUGUUUGACAAGCUGACCUACUGGAAUCUGGAGACGCCUCCGAACUCUGACGAUACAGUCGUGAUGGCGAUGGAUUGGCCAGACUUGGCUGAGGCGAUCCACGGGCCCGUAGAGGACUGAAAAAACCCCUCCCUGCUCAGAGGUGGCAGGUUGACGUCACCUCAGCAUGUUUUGAGUGAAAUAUACAGUAUGCUGGUUAUUGGCUGUCAGUGAAAGAAAAACUUACUUGUUCAAUGUCACUAUUGCAGAGUAAUAACUAACAGAUGCAGUGUUAAUAUUUUUGUACAUGUUGUUUUAAGGGAAAUAAAGAGAAAUAAACGAUAAAGCUGACUAACUUAGAAAUGUGAUU